UGGUGGAUCUGACAGCCUGAUAGAGGUCACGAGCCAACCUUUCAAACAUUCACAACUCCUCACUAUAAGUUCUACUUUCUCAAUUCCUCGACUGAACAAUCUAUCUACAGACGUUGGUCGAGUCAGCUGCUCAACCAGUCACGGCUUUCUUUUGGCAUUGCAAGCCCUUGGACAAAACCAAACUUCCAUCUUCCGCUCGCUACAAGAUUUGUGCCCCAGCAUCGAUAACAAUCUUGCUCUCUCAACCAGCACCAUGCCUUCCGAUUGCCAACCUCCCUCGCAAAACGUAGGGCCUGAGUAUCGGCCAGCUACUCAGAAGCCUAUUGCUACCGUUUCGACUCCGCUAUCCCAGAAAAAUGUCCACAUCCUACCGCAGACACCUCAGCUGAUUGCAUUAUUAACCAUGAUUCGAGACAAGAACACUGGACGGGCGGACUUCAUCUUCUAUUCCAAUCGCAUCAUUCGCUUGUUGGUCGAGGAGGGACUCAACCACCUGCCUGUCGUUGGCCAUGAAAUCACCACGCCAGUGGGUCAGACCUAUGCCGGUGUCAAGUUCGAAGGAAAGAUCUGUGGCGUCUCCAUCAUGCGUGCUGGAGAGUCCAUGGAACAAGGUCUACGAGACUGCUGCCGUUCCGUGAGGAUUGGUAAGAUCUUGAUUCAGCGUGACGAAGAGACAUCCAAGCCCAAGCUCUACUACGAUAAGCUGCCCGAGGAUAUUGCCGAUCGAUGGGUCUUGCUUCUGGAUCCCAUGCUCGCUACGGGUGGUUCUGCUCUCAUGGCCAUUGACGUCUUGAAAUCGCGAGGUGUGCCUGAGGAGCACAUCCUCUUCCUCAACUUGAUUGCCAGCCCAGAGGGUGCCAAGAACCUUGCCGAUCAAUUUCCCAAAGUUCGGGUAGUGACUGCCUUUGUAGAUCAGGGAUUGGAUGAAAAGAAUUACAUUGUGCCGGGACUGGGUGACUUCGGAGAUCGCUUCUACACCAUGUAGUGGGUUUCCCAUGACC